AUUUUGUAAUUGUACACUUCUUUCUUUUUAUAUCGACAAUAACAUCCACAUAGUUUUCUAUUCUAUUUUUUGGUUAUAUUGUUAGAAAGUAGUGUAAUAAUUAAUUCGCCAUGUUUACGGGUAUAAUGAAAAUUGAAAUAUGCGAAGCAGUCGGUUUACGUGCCACUGACAAACAGAGAAAAUUUUGGCAAGAUGAACCGAUAUUAGAUCCUUAUGUUCAAAUCGACGUCGAUGAGAAUCAUCUUGAUCGUUCCUCGACCAAACCCAAAACAUCUGAUCCUGUUUGGAAUGAAUCGUUCACUCGUGAAGUUCGCAAUGCUGUGAACCUAGGAUUAACUGUCUUCCAUGAUGCAGCCUUACCGCCUGAUUACUUUGUUGCCAAUUGCAGCAUCCCCUUCGAGGAACUUGUCAGCAGGAAUGACAUGACCGCUGAUUUCUGGGUCGAUCUUGAACCUCAGGGAAAGUUACGAGUGAGGAUAGAUUUGAAAUGGGACGAUCUAGAUACAGUGAGUUGUCGCAGCGGCAUUGAUGGAGAAUCUCUUGGUAGUGCUAGAAGUCUGAUCAGUAUUAGUUCAGGAAAAGAGCCUAAGAGAGAAUUCAAAGAAUGGCAAGGAUUCAAUCGUCGAAGAGGUGCCAUGAGGCGUCGUGUUCAUCAAGUUAAUGGUCACAAAUUUAUGGCUACAUUUUUAAGACAACCAACGUUCUGCUCUCACUGCCGCGAGUUUAUAUGGGGCUUGGGCAAGCAGGGCUAUCAGUGUCAAGUUUGCACUUGCGUAGUUCACAAGCGAUGUCAUAAAUUGGUGAUAACAAAGUGUCCAGGAAUGAGAGACGAGGGCAAAGGUACUGGAUUACAGUCACAUCAAGAUACAGAAAGUCCACGCUUUAGCAUAGACGUGCCACAUCGGUUCAUAGUCCAUACGUAUAAGAGGUUUACAUUCUGUGAUCAUUGCGGUUCUCUAUUAUAUGGAUUAUAUAGGCAAGGUUUACAAUGUGAAGCUUGCAAUAUUAAUAUUCACAAAAGAUGUCAAAAAAAUGUGGCAAACAAUUGUGGUACAAAUACAAAGGCGAUGGCAGAAAUUUUAAGUGCAAUGAAUAUCUCUCCCGAUAAACAAAUCAAAGCACCACGAAUUAAUUUUACUCCCUGUCAACCUAGCCAAACGCCGCCAACAGUUGCUGUUACCGAAUCAUUAACAACAGAAGCAUCCAAGACAGCUGUUCAAAGAAAGUCGGAGGAAAGCGAAGGUAGAAUAAAACAAAAUGCGGUGUCCGUUAAUGAAAAUGAAGUAAAAAAGUUUGGUCUGGAAGAUUUUAACUUUAUUAAAGUACUUGGAAAGGGUAGCUUUGGAAAAGUUAUGUUGGUCGAACGGAAGAGUAAUCCUGAUGAAGUGUUUGCUGUUAAAAUAUUAAAAAAAGAUGUUAUUAUACAAGACGACGACGUCGAUUGUACAAUGACGGAGAAACGUAUUCUUACGUUGGCUGCUAAACAUCCGUUCUUAACAGCUAUUCACAGUUGUUUCCAAACAAGUGAUCGUCUCUUCUUCGUAAUGGAAUAUGUAAAUGGAGGUGAUUUGAUGUUUCAUAUUCAAAAAGCUCGUAAAUUCGACGAAGCAAGGGCACGUUUUUAUGCUGCUGAGGUAACGCUAGCGUUACAAUUUCUACACAAGAACAACGUUAUAUAUCGUGAUCUCAAACUGGAUAAUAUUCUUCUUGAUCAAGAAGGCCAUUGUAAACUCGCAGAUUUUGGUAUGUGUAAAGAAGGAAUAAUCGAAGGCAAAACUACGACAUCAACGUUUUGCGGUACACCGGAUUAUAUAGCGCCAGAGAUUUUACAAGAGUUAGAAUAUGGUGCCAGCGUUGAUUGGUGGGCACUAGGUGUAUUAAUGUAUGAGAUGAUGGCUGGUCAACCACCGUUCGAAGCAGAUAACGAAGAUGAUUUAUUUGAGUCUAUUUUACGCGACGAUGUGUUGUACCCAAUUUGGAUAUCCAAGGAAGCUGUUUCGAUAUUAAAAGGAUUCAUGACCAAGAAUCCAGCCAAACGAUUGGGUUGUGUUGUAGCGAACAGAGGUGAAGCUGCUAUAAGAGAGCAUCCAUUUUUCCAACACAUGGAUUGGGAUGCAUUAGAAGAGCGUAGGGUUAAGCCACCGAUCAAACCAAAAGUUCAAAGUAAAAAGGACGCGUUGAACUUUGAUGCGGAAUUUACGAGGGAGGAUCCAGAAUUGACACCAGAAGAUCCCGAAGUUGUCAGUUAUAUUAAUCAAGAAGAAUUCCAAGGUUUCUCUUUCGUCAACAAGGACUUCAAUCCAGCAAGAUUUGGGACUCAAUAGGAAACAAGAAUUUAUCGAAAGAAGCAAAAUACGAAGAUGUUUUUAUCGUAAGGCUUCUUUUCGCUUCAAUAAGUUUUGUCGUAGACAUCAAACUAUAAGAUCAAGUAUUCUUCAUCUAUAUUUCUUUUCUGAGGUAUUGAUCAUAUUUGUUUGGGAGUGUAAUAAUUCCUUUACGUGGGAAUACGUAACGCCACAUUACUCCCACUACAGGAGUAGUUGGAGUAUUGCAAUUUCUAAUGAAGUUACAUUACUACUUUUUCCCAUCAUAAUCCAAUUUGCUCCCUUUAUUAUUCUUCAUUUUAAUUUGAUACCGCUGGUGGGGUUUGUCGUACUAUAUAAAUUAAUUCCAAUUCUCAACGUGGAUUAUUGAUGGUAGAUACUUUCGAAUAAGAAUCAACAUUAACUUAUUAUAAGGAGAUUACGUGUACUUUGAUCUCUCGGUAUCAUCAUCACAUUUAAACUAGAUAAGCAUCACAGUUGUUUUUUUUUCAUUCAUUUGAAAAAGAUUUCAUUGUAAGAUUAAUUCGUGGCCAUUUUGUGGGCUUUUAAGAAGAAGAAGAAAACAAAAAAGUCAAGUUAACUGCAUUAAGAGGGAUAAGAGAGAAGGAGUACAUUUACUUAUGUAUUUUCAAAGAAUUUCUAAUAUCUUGUAGUACUGAUUAUUACCAACAGUACAAAGAGAUAAAUUAUUAAUUAGCUAUAAAGUUUAUUAUUCAUUAUAUAUAUAUACUAUAUAUGACAAUUUAUAUAUGUAUAUAUAAUGAAGAGAUCGCUGGACGAUUAAUUUCUUCUUACGGCAAAGGACACAUCUGUCUCUUAUAUAGAUGUUAAACAUAUACAUAUAUUAUCGAAUUAGAAAUGCAGUGGAGGGGCAAGGAUUAGAGAGAUAUUUGCGUAUAGGAAUUGCGUAUGAGUGUUGCGCUAUUUAAAAGAAGUUAGAAAAAAAAUAUAAAUAAAUCUUCUAUCGACUUCCAAAAAAUUAGAUUUUGCUUCCUCUCAUAACGUUGUCUUUCACUAUAAUUUGUCAUAAAUAGUACUAUAUCUAAAUAUAUAGGAAUUUGUAUGUGGCAGACAUGUUAACGCGAGUAAUUCUUGAGUCUGAAGAUCGAAAAAGAAAAAGAAGAAAUAAUAAGCUUUGCCCUUAUUGUCUUUUCAUAUCCGUGUACGUAUUACAGUAUAUGAAUCUUUAAAUGUCCUUUCGAAUUUAGAAAUAUUAAUGGCAACAAAUUUUGUUCCAUAGUUUUCACUGAUAAUAUCGUAAAUUCUGGCGCAUAUGCAUAUGUAAAUGAAUACGUGAAAUGUGGUUGUUUAAGUAUAAAGAAAUAUAAUGUAAAAAAAGAACAUUUGUUCGUCGUGUAAAGCGUCGUUAUUAUUUUUCAAAUGAUUUCAUUCGUAUAAAUCGAGCAUAGGUUUAGAUAUGCGUGUCUGUAUCAUUGAUAAUAUAAAACGCAUCUAGAGAAUUUUCAGACUCACGAUUAUUAUAGAAACUUUUGAGAGAAGGUAUUCAAAAUAAUGUUCUUAUUCCUUAUUGUUACUAAAAAUAAGUGUUCAAGAAGAAAAAGAAGAAAAUGAAGACGAAGGUGAAGAAACAGAAGCCACAAGUAGAAAAAUAUUCAAAACAAUGAAUAAUCCAAGUCAUGUCCUGUAUUAUAUAAAAUACAUAUAUAUUGCUUAUUUAAGAAAAAAAAAA